CCCCCCGUGCUACUGCGAAGAAUACCCACUUUUUGCUUCCAGAGGAAAAGGCAGUCUGCUAGAGUGAAGCUUGGGAAAGAUAAAUCUGGCGGCUGGAUAGCAGUGGAGGGACUGCAUCGUCCGGCUUCAUGACUCCUGCUGUAUAACAGCCUCAUCUCUCUCACACUUCAUCUAUCUAUCUUUUUCCUCCCCUCUUAAGCAUCUGGAGACAGCCAUGUUUGGCACUGAGUCGUCGUUGAGUAUGUUUUUGAACACAUUAACCCCCAAAUUCUACGUGGCCCUAACAGGCACUUCCUCGUUAAUCUCAGGGCUUAUUUUGAUAUUUGAAUGGUGGUACUUCCGCAAGUAUGGGACAUCCUUCAUUGAGCAGGUCUCUGUGAGUCAUUUGCGCCCUCUGCUGGGUGGGGUGGACAGCUCUCCCAACAACUCAAAUACAAGCAAUGGGGAUUCAGAUUCAAAUCGGCAGAGUGUUUCAGAAUGCAAAGUUUGGCGAAACCCACUAAAUCUGUUUAGAGGAGCUGAAUAUAACCGAUAUACUUGGGUGACUGGAAGAGAACCCUUGACAUACUAUGAUAUGAAUCUUUCAGCGCAGGAUCAUCAAACGUUUUUUACGUGUGAUACAGACCAUCUACGGCCUGCAGAUGCCAUAAUGCAAAAGGCAUGGAGAGAGAGAAAUCCACAGGCCAGAAUUUCUGCAGCACAUGAAGCCUUAGAGUUAAAUGAGUGUGCCACGGCUUAUAUUCUUUUGGCAGAAGAAGAAGCAACAACUAUUGUGGAAGCAGAGAAAUUGUUUAAGCAGGCCUUGAAGGCUGGCGAAGGCUGUUACAGGCGUAGCCAACAGCUUCAGCACCAUGGUGCCCAGUACGAAGCCCAACACAGACGGGACACUAAUGUAUUAGUCUACAUUAAAAGGAGGCUGGCUAUGUGUGCAAGAAAGCUGGGGAGGACCAGGGAAGCUGUGAAAAUGAUGAGAGAUUUAAUGAAGGAAUUCCCUCUUCUCAGUAUGUUCAACAUCCAUGAAAAUUUGCUAGAAGCUCUGUUGGAGUUGCAAGCAUAUGCAGAUGUUCAGGCAGUUUUAGCAAAAUAUGAUGAUAUCAGUUUGCCAAAAUCAGCUACAAUAUGCUACACAGCUGCUCUUCUCAAAGCCAGAGCUGUCUCAGACAAAUUUUCUCCAGAGGCAGCAUCAAGGCGAGGGCUGAGCACAGCAGAGAUGAAUGCAGUAGAAGCUAUUCACAGAGCGGUAGAAUUCAACCCACAUGUGCCAAAAUAUCUCCUAGAAAUGAAGAGCUUAAUACUGCCUCCUGAACAUAUCUUGAAGAGAGGAGACAGUGAAGCAAUUGCAUAUGCUUUCUUUCAUCUUCAGCACUGGAAACGGGUUGAGGGGGCCCUGAAUCUCUUACAUUGUACGUGGGAAGGCACUUUCAGAAUGAUCCCUUAUCCCUUGGAAAAGGGACAUCUUUUCUACCCUUACCCCAUCUGUACAGAAACUGCAGACAGAGAACUUCUUCCAUCAUUUCAUGAAGUCUCCGUUUACCCCAAGAAAGAGCUUCCCUUCUUCAUUCUCUUCACUGCCGGAUUAUGUUCCUUCACAGCUAUGCUGGCCCUCCUGACACAUCAGUUCCCAGAGCUAAUGGGAGUCUUUGCAAAAGCAUUUCUCAGUACUCUCUUUGCCCCCCUGAACUUUGUUAUGGAGAAAGUGGAAAGCAUCUUGCCCUCCAGCCUCUGGCAUCAGCUGACAAGGAUCUGACUGAAAACAAAUAGUCCUCAAUGAUUGCCAUGACAUUUCCUGUGCCAACUUCUUGUUGACCACCAGAAAGCAUGACUUUUUUUUAACAAAAGGGAAGCUGUUCCACAAUUUUAAAACUCUCCACUGUCUGUUAUAAUUUUUUGUUGUUGUAUAAAAUACAUCAAUGUUUGGUUCUAUUACAUUUUGCUUUCAGAAAGCAACAUGAAAAAAAAUCUUUAAAAAUAAACCUUUUGUGUAUUGCA